AAGAAAAAGGCCCGCCGGCCUUGUCGCUACGUUGUCGGGGACAAGAACAACAACCGCUACCUGGUGUUGGAGAAAGAUAAGGUCAACGCCAUCAACAAACUCCUGAUCAAGAAUGACUCUCCUGCUGCUAACAACUGGCAGCCAGAGCAUGCUGGGCAGCGUGCCACCACAGUUGUGGGAAAUCAUGCACACUCUAUAUAUGGACAUACUUCCCCCUGGAUCUCUGGCCGUGUGUCUUUCUUUUCUUGAAAAGGGAAACCUACUCGCAUAUGAUAAGGGAAGAGCCAAACGCAGGUUUAAAAGCACAUGUACCUCUAACCAGGGUUAGGAGUGGGCAAGAGAACGCAAACGUGUCAGGAACCAUGCGGGCAACAUUAGAGAACGUCAGAGUUCUGUAUUUUGCCACUAAUUGCACGGAGCCGUAUGUGCAGAUCAUCACUGUGCAGGACUCCAAGCGGAGACAGAGUGUGUGCAGCUCGGAGGGUUCGGAGGUGGGGGAGUCUGACGAUGAUCUCCUUCCUGUUCUUUGUGACCACAGCCAUCUGCUGGAUGACCAGCACCUAGAGAGGAUUGCCGUUCACAUGCCAGCCAGGACCAAAGGUUACAAGUGGCAGUUGGCAUACAGCACCGUGGUGCAUGGAACCAGUCUGAAAACACUGUACAGAAACAUGUCUGGCCUGGACAAGCCCGUCAUGCUGGUCGUCAAAGACAUGCAAAACAAGGUGUUUGGAGCCUUUUCCACGGAACCUUUCAGAGUCAGUGGCAGUUGCUAUGGCACAGGAGAAACAUUUCUUUACAGCUUCAGUCCAGAUUUCAAGGUCUACCGGUGGACCGGUGAAAACUCUUACUUUGUGAGAGGACACCUCGAUUCUCUGCAGAUUGGGGGAGGAGGGGGGGGCUUUGGCCUUUGGCUGGAUGCUGACUUGUACCGCGGAGCAAGCCACUCCUGUCCCACCUUUCACAACCCACCGCUCUCCACGCAGCAAGACUUCUUAGUACAAGACCUGGAAGUUUGGACCCUGCGGAACUAGAAAGGAUGACAUCGUAAGGGAAGUGAGAAGAACCGAGGAACAGAGGCAAACCGCAAAGUGGUAUUGCCCAUGUUGACAUGAGCUGCAGAGCUCCGAGGCUUCAACCAAGGGUCCGUGCGUAGCUCACCCCAGUGGGGUUCAGCUAUCAAAACAGUAAAAAAGAAAAAAGAAAAAAGAAAAAAAGAAACCUGCACGCGCACAAUUGUUGACUUACCUUAUGCACAACGCAAGGCGUAGCUUCACUGACGCUGGUUUGAUCCCUGGGUUAUUGUUUACUCUGGCUUCAGAGAUCCAUUGCAUCAGGGUGUUUGUGACGCGGAGCUUUAUGUAUGAAUGCUGCACUACACGCAUGGUGCUACAGUAUCAUGGCCCUGAUCUAAGGUACAGACUGUUUAGCAGAAGUCACUGCUGAAUGCUGAGGGAGAGUGCUACUCUGGAUAAGAACAGAUUAUAGCAGACAAAAACCUCCCUUUCUUCAGUCAUCAACUAAACGCCAUAACAUGCAAUUUACUAUGUCUGUGGUUUACCGGUCUAACCUCUAGAAAAUAUAUUUUGCACAUAAAAUAUAUUUGGCACAUCAAAGGUUGCUAGGGGACAGGAUAGCACAAGUGACCAUUGUAUUUGGAUCUUGUCCCAUUGAUGAAUUGAGUUUGCAAUUAAGGCCACAAUUGCAGGGUACGUAAAUACUCAGGAGACAGAUAACAGGAUUGCACAAAGUACCGUCAAUGCAAUGUGUACAAUUUAUAGGACCAAGGGAUGAAUUUCCCAUUUGGGAUUAAUAAAGUAGACUACACUUAUUUUAAAUGGAAAGAUGGAGAAAGCUGGUUUUAAUCUCCUUGUUCUUACCAAUAGAUCUUCAUUCAUUUUGAUAUUGAAGAAAAUGUUGGACAUUAAAACUGUAGGCCUACCUUCGCUUUAUGUAAUGAUAGCUCAAUUUCUUUUUAUAUUUGUGUACCCUUUUCCGUCAGUUUUUUAUGCACAUGAUGAAAAUGAUGUAACUGCCUGAACUUUUUAAAUUCUUGUGUAAGACAGUGCUGGCACUGUCAAUGUCCUGAUUCCAAACUUUCAUUAAAAUCCAAUCAUAGUUUGAGAAAA